AUGGCGACUGUUGUCCACGUUGUCAUGUUCAGAUUUCGGCCCGAGAUCACCCAAGAGCACAAAGACAUGUUUCAGCGAGAAUUGAAGAAGUUGAAGAACCUAUCCUGCGUCAAGGACAACCGGUUGCUAGUCGGCGGUCCGUCAGUGACCGACCCGAUCGCACGCAGUCAGGGCUUCCAUUAUUGCCUGGUCAGCUACCACCACAAUCUGAAGGCUUUGGAAGAGUAUCAGGCCAGCAAGGAACAUCAUGAUGUCACGAGCCGGCUCAUGUGGCCUUUCAUAGACGAUGUUUGCCGCUUCGACUUCGAAGUGUCGCCUGAGGACGAGUAUAUGGUUGGUACAAGUCUACGUGGGAUUGGAGAGGACAGUCAGGCCAACAGUGAGUCUGGGGGCUCGGAAGAUUCGGGCAGCACCUACGAAACCGUUACAGAGCAAGGCAUUUGA